CUCCGUGCCAGUGGUUGUCCAGCGCUGUCAGGUGAGUGCACGGAGGCGGGUCAGUGAGGAGCCUCACUAAUCAAAAAAAUAAUUGAAAAAAACAUAUCACACGUUGGGACUUUUAGGACAUAUUUCAGCAAAUUUCCACACCUUUUCAAAGCAAGUGAUCCUGCCAGUGACCCAGAAUGUUCUCAUCUAGGAAAGUAUCUCACAGGUAGCAAUCGAUCACAGUGGACUGUGACGUGGAGAUGGUCACUUGGGCCGCUUUGCUGACAGUAUGCAUAUGGAUACAAACACACAUCGCCUCAGGACAGCACACGUGUCCUACUGCCCCACGCAGGCUGGUGGAUUUCACUGUAAAAUACGCCCUCCCCCACUUUCAGUCAGACAAACCCAUACAGAACAUCGCAGUGCACUGGGAUGUGCAUCAGCCACAGGUGUAUGUUGGAUGCCAGAACGUAAUAGAGGCGGUCAACUAUACCAUGGAAAAAAUAUGGGAGGUGAGAACUGGACCUGUUGGCAGCCCAGAAUGUGAAACCUGUCAGGCGUGUGACAUGGAAGCAGAUCCUGGGGAUCCAGUGAAUACAGACAAUGAGGUCCUGCUUUUGGAUCCCGCCGAAUUUAUCUUGCCAUACCUGUACAUUUGUGGGAGUACCCAGAACGGCAUCUGUCACUUCAUUGACAUUAGCGCCCCAAAGCCGGAGCCUCGGUGCUUAUACAAAAGAGAGCGGAACUCUCCGACUAACUGUCCCGACUGUCUGGCAAGCCCGUUUGGCACCACCGUCGCCAUCGUUGAACAGGUGGCCACGACGCUUUUCUUUGUUGCAGCGUCUGUCGAUGACAAAGUGGCGCAGAGGUAUCCGAGGAGGUCGAUAUCAGCGGUGAGGCCACUUUCAACUGAAGAUGGCUUCCAUAUGGUCAUGGAUGGCCUGACAGUGCUCCCCACGCUGCAGGACUCGUACAGGAUUAAUUACAUCUACAGCUUCUAUACCAAGGACUACGUGUACUUUCUGUCGCUGCAGAGAGAAGAUCCUUUAAAGAGCAAUUCAGCGUUUCAGACUCGUCUGGGGCGCCUGCCGAUAGGGAUUCCGGAGGUGUGGAUGUACAGAGAGGUGGUCCUUGAGUGCCGGUACGAACCCAAGCGCAGGAGGAGGCGGAGAGAGGCUUUCAAGGACAUUGUGUAUAAUGGACUUCAGGCGGCCCACUUGGGGCGAGCAGGGAAGGACCUGGCCGAUGAGCUGGGGGUAGAGCUGACGGAAGAUAUUCUGUAUGGGGUGUUUGCAGAGGUGGAUGAGCAUGGUGAGCCUCAAAAAAACUCAGCCCUGUGUGUCUUUCCUUUGACUAAAGUAAACCAAGCGAUAGAUCUGGGUGUGGAGGCCUGCUGCAAUUCGGGCAAAGAGCAGCUGUCCAGAGGCCUCUGCCACUUCCAGCCGUGCGAGAGCUGCCCACAUGAAAGCUCUGAAGGAAAUGACACAUGCAGCGCCAAGCCCACUCUGGUGUCAAGUCCCUACUACAGAGUAGACCUCUUCGACAGGCAGAUGAGAGAUGUCCUGUUCACCGCUGUCCUGGUCACCACUAUUGAAACUCACACACUGGGCCACUUUGGUACCUCCGAUGGCAGGAUACUGCAGGUGAUCCUCACCCUUUACAAGCCGACUGUUUAUGCCAAUUAUUCUCUGGGAGAAACUGCAGUAUCCAGGACAGCAGCCGUGUACCAAGAGGAUUCACUUCUCUUUGUAGUUGGAAAUAAGAUGUUCAGGGUGCCAUCUGCAGGACCAGGGUGUGCACAUUUAGUGACAUGCCUCAUGUGUCUGACGGCUCCGCGCUUCAUGGACUGUGGCUGGUGCUCAGGAGUCUGCUCGAGGCAGCACGAGUGCACCUCGCAGUGGAACACAGACACUUGUGCACCCAUCAUAACAGAGUUUUUCCCUAAAAUGGCACCUGUUGGAGGUGAGACAGAAGUGACCUUGUGCGGUUGGGAGUUUCAGUCGCGACACGCCAUCAUCAGCGACAAAACCCACAUCGUCACGGUGGGCUCUGGAAACGUGUGCACCGUCCUGCCGGAGAAGAGCAGCAGUGAAGUGCUUGUGUGCAAGAUUCAGGAAAAAAGACCAAACCGGAACAUUAACAUCACUCUGGAAGUGCACGAAGGGGAAGUGGAGGGUCGCUACUCAAUCGAAGGCAUAGCUCAGAGGCUUGGCUUCUCCUUCGUGGAACCAAGCAUAACAGAAAUCCGACCUGACCAUGGGCCCGUGUUUGGAGGAACAGUGGUGACACUGACAGGCAGAUAUCUUGAUUCAGGGAUACAGAGAGACGUAUUCUUUGCUAACAACAAGUGUGACAUUCAGAGUGCCCCUGAAGGAGGUGGGGAUUUGUCUUCGAUCGUCUGCCAAACAGCAGCCGCAGCAGGUAUCGGGAAGGUGCCUGUGAAGGUUGUUAUCGACAGCUUCCACGUGACGACCCCUAAAAUGUUCUUCUACGAGACGAACCCUGUCAUAACCUCUGUGUAUCCUCGCUGCAGUUUGCAGAGCGGCUCCAAGCUGGUGAUAGAAGGUGAAAAUCUUGACUCUGCUCACAAAACCGUGGUUCAGUACACUCCCAAAGAUCCCCACAUGCAAUUCCUGCAACAAGUCUGCAAGGGUACAAAAAAUGCCACGCAUAUGGAGUGCUGGGCCCCCGCUUUCCAAGAGGAACUACUGGAGGACAAGUCUGAGACGGGAGAGAUUUCAAUUCACAUGGAUGGAAAGGAUAACCUCUGGAAGAGACGCUUUGACUACCACCCGGAUCCCAAAGUCAUCCCCUUUGAAAACGAUGACAGGAGAUUACUUCUAAAACCAGGAGAUACGGAAGUUUCGCUGCAUCAUAGCAAACUGAACACAGUGAGCAAAUGCAUGAAGAUCACAAUGACCAUAGGCGGUGCGGACUGCCACGCUCAGGUUCUGUUAAAUGAACUGACGUGUAGGAUUCCUAAAGGCCUGGAUAUUCCCAGUGAGGGAUCUCCCGUCAGGGUGUUCGUGAACGGGGAAGCAUACGAUGUGGGUACUGUAGUAAAUGGCGACAACAACACUGUGAUUGCGGGCAUCGUGCUGGGCAUCAUUGCUGCAUUGGUAGUAGGUGCUGGCCUCGCAUUAAUUGUGAUGAUCCAUGUCAAGAAGAAAAAGAGAGCCAACAUUGAGAAUCGUUUAUCAACGAGGCUUUCACGGAGCCGCGUGGGCAGCAACUCUGAUUUCUCACCAACAGGUGAUUACAGACGAGUAGAUCUGUCCCAUCAAACAUCGGGUUCAGGAGGAAUAGCCUUCCAGGGUUUAUUAUAUGCUGCCAGCUAUGAUCAUUUGUCCCUCCCUUUGGUGCCACGGGACAAUAUCUCAAUGGUCAGCCUGAGCUCUGAUCUCCUCGAAGAGGUUAAAGACGUGCUCAUCCCUGCUGAGAUGCUCAGGAUUGAAGAUAGCCAGAUAAUUGGCAAAGGCCACUUUGGGACAGUUUAUCAUGGAUACCUGAUAGACAGCAAAAAGCAGGAGAUCCACUGUGCUGUUAAAUCACUGAACAGGAUCUCAGAUUUGGGGGAGGUGGACCAGUUCCUCAGAGAAGGCAUCAUCAUGAAAGGUUUCGACCACCCGAACAUAUUGUCCCUGCUGGGCAUCAUGCUGCCUAAAGAAGGACUCCCUCUGGUGGUGCUUCCGUACAUGAAGCAUGGGGAUGUGCGUCAUUUCAUCCGUUCGGAGAAAAGGAACCCAACAGUGAAAGACCUGAUUGGAUUUGGGCUUCAGGUUGCCAAGGGGAUGGAAUAUUUAGCUAAGAAAAAAUUUGUCCACAGAGACCUAGCUGCACGUAACUGCAUGCUGGAUGAAACCUUCACGGUGAAGGUGGCCGAUUUCGGCAUGGCGAGGGACAUCUACGACAAGGAAUACUACAGCAUUCAAGAUCACAAACGGGUAAAGCUGCCGGUGAAGUGGAUGGCAAUCGAAAGCCUGCAAACACAGAAGUUCACGAUCAAGUCGGAUGUGUGGUCGUAUGGCAUCUUAAUGUGGGAGUUGUUGACCAGAGGUGCGAGCCCGUAUCCAGAGGUGGACCCCUAUGACAUCACACACUUCUUGUUGAAGGGACGUCGGCUUCCACAGCCACAGUUUUGCCCUGAUACUCUGUUUUCGAUCAUGCUGAUAUGUUGGGACCCAGAGCCUGAGUGCAGACCCAGCUUCCACAGCCUGGUCACAGAAGUACAACACAUCCUGUCCUGCCUGGAAGGAGAGCACUACAUCAGUCUGAAGGUUAACUAUGUAAACUUGGACCAGCCAAGGCCUUACCCCUCCAUGAAUGGAUCUGCUGACGAGGCCGAGGCCUCAGACUUGGACGCGGAUGCUCAUGCUGCCAGCUGAGCGCCUCAGAGCCUUAAGACUCCCUGAUAGGAACGGGACACGGAUCAAAGCUGGAAAGCAUUCAAAGGUUGACGGGCCGCUUGCCUCGUCACAUAGGCCACAAACCCGAGCUUGCGGGGGGUUUGGCUACUGAUUCAAGACAUUGUAGGUACUACGAACUCUUACCGGUGACAAGAUCACGCUGGGAGUUCCCCAUCUUUGUUACGACAUUUUAUAUGUGGCAAAAAAUAGAAACAUGUAGAUUGAAGUCAGUGUUUUUAUUCCGUAUUCAACAUCUGUGCACAGGUGUGAAUGAGACAAAGUGAAUGUAACGUGCUUUCGCUCUCAGAUUUACAGAAAAACGAUCAGUUCGACUUAUGUAAGGAUAUUUCAUGUUUGUUUCUUGCGUCAGUGUAUUAUACUGUUAGACAUGGGGUCUAUGAAUGCUUGUGCUCAGGGUUCAACAUCUUUCUCGCUAUAUGGGCUUAUGUCCCUUCAUAUGGACUAUAGAAUGUAAACUACAAGAAGAUGAUUGCCUGUGAAAUCAUCAUACUGGAUGUAGAAUGGCUGCAUUGAUAUUCAGUAGCUCUGCACCUACUGAAUUAUACAGUGAGCUUCGUGUGAUAUCAACUGACAUCCACUGUACCUGUCAUUAUCACUAGAGGGCAACCGACGCCUCCCUCUAAAGCAUACUCGGGCUGCUGCUGCAGUGGUGCUCUGCACUACAGCAGACAGCUCAACACAAAGGUGUUACACAAACAGUACGACUCUUAUGAAUCUGUCGAGCAAAUGUGACAAAUCCGCUCCUUCAACAAAUCACUACACCACAACGUGUGGCGCAAUUGGGGGGGUUUCUUUAUUUUUAUCGCAUGUAAUUAAAUCUCCACAGAAGAUUAGAAAAUCAAAAUCAUUAUAGAAUUAAUGCAAUGAUUCUUUUUUUAAUUCAGACUGACAAGGCCCUAUGGUUCAAGCCAAAGAACUUGUUUAUGUUAACCCGUGAUCUUUCUACCAGGGGCGUUGAAUGUGGUUCCGGUAUACUUGAGUCUUGUCACUGUGUAUUUUUUCCUUCCUUUUAAAAAUUGAACUGUGCUCUGGGUUGCACUGUCUUUUUGUACAAAAAAAUAUGGUUUAUUGCACAUAGUACAAAAGCAAUAUUGCCUUGGAUUUUUUUUUUAUAACGUCCUGAAUAAAUACUAAGUUAAAAAAUAUCCUGCUGUAGACGGCAGGCAAAGUUCCACCUAAAUAAUUGACCCUAAAAUUUUAUUCUCAACUUUUUGUUAUCGAGCAUUCAGCUAAAGAAAAAGAAAGUGCAGGUGCCUACAGGAAGAGAAGGCACGGGAGUUCUUCAUCAAAGCAGUUCAUCAAAGCCACUGAAGAAAAAAAGAUGCUGAGUGCAACGACACAGGUCUGAGGCAGCACCGCUCUUGUUUUUUUCCAGGUGAAAAAGAGGGAAAAAACACUUUUACAGGUCUGAAUUAUGUCAAUUCAACUAGAGUGAAAACGGCGUGUUUCUGCCUAAUCUGUAUAUCUCGCUCUUUUUUGCCCCCAAUAGUCUCUAUGAAUAAUUUAUGGAUCUAAAAAAAGAUUUUAUUAUUCAUCGCCUUCAGGUUCUGAAAAGGUGGUAAUAAUGACACGAUAUGGUUGUGUUCAAAUAGUUCUCCGGGAUUUGAAAAAGAGGUGAUGUUUCAAAGCUAAAGACGGAGCAAACAGCCAAAGUGAUGGUUAUUUUUUGCUGUGCACAGUCGUCAUAUGAGGGAUUUACUCAAGGCAUACAGAAGCAAGGAUACAAAGUGUCUAAAUGGUUAUUGAUUCAUUUAAGAUCUGGUUAACACUGAUUAAAUACAGAACUUUAAAGAGUAUUAAUAGUGUACACACAUGAUGAAGAGGAGGUGAAAGUGUGAGAAAGAAAUAAGCAUUAUGAGGUGUACAUGAACUCAUAGUGGGGAAAAGAUACAACACGUUUGUAUACUGGGCCUAAAAAAAGUCCUCAGUUUACCGCUGCCAGUUGCAAUGAAAUAAUCUGAUGACUGACUAUAUUUUUUUCUACUCUUCAUAGUGUCAUCUCUGGGAUUGUAUGAACCCUGUUGGUAUUUAAAUUAAAACUUGGCAUCAAACAAA